AUUUCACAACGAGGCGUGGUUAAGAACGGACAGGUGGGCUGUUGCUGCUGUAUAACUGCUGUGAGCAUUAAUUCAACUAGGAUACUUCUUUCUAUCCCGGAGACCAACACAUCACCAUGCCGAAGUGCCCAAAAUGCACAAAGGAAGUUUACUUCGCGGAGAGAGUGACAUCACUGGGGAAGGACUGGCACAGACCCUGUCUGAAGUGUGAGAAGUGUAACAAGACGCUGUCGGCCGGAUCACACGCAGAGCACGAUGGCAAGCCUUACUGUAACAGCCCCUGCUACUCUGCGCUGUUUGGGCCUAAGGAUUUGGACGUGGGGGAGCUGAAAGCCACACAUUCACUAAGUAGACCAACUCAGGUUCAUCCACCACACCAAAUGGGUUUCAAGAAGAAGGCAACUCAGCGUUCUAUAGCAUCCUCCAUACUAUGCUAAACAAAAACAAACAACCAAAACGACUCCUUUUUGGAGCCAGCGUUUUGUGUUAUUUUCUGUCUUUGUGUUGUCUAGCGGAAUCAGUCUUAAUACACAUUUUAAUUGGCUAUAGUGAGAUGUUUACUAUAGUCCUGCUAGUGGAUCGGAGGGUUAUACAAUAACCUCUCUGUUCCUGUACAUGUUUUUUAAAUUCUAAUUAAACAGUCUUUUUCAAAAUGUU